AAGGGCGCGUGCCCGCCUGGGCCGCCGGCGCCAGGGCGUUGUCCACCUUCAUCCAGGGUGAGCCGUGCCCUGGAGACGUUGCUGCCUCGCCGCCCAGACACGGCUCUGCAAUGUUCACACGGUGGACGUCCAAAUCAAAGCGCUCAGUGGAUCUGAGCUUUCUGAACCACGAAGAAGUGAACGCCGUCCUGGAUGUGUUGGAACGAGAUAAAGUGGUCCGGAGGAUGAAUUCCGAGAGGCUCAAAGAAGUCAAGAAGACUAAUCCAAACAAGUUAUGGUUGAAAGGAGUGACUGGCGAAUGGUUUGAAGAGUUAAAGAAAUCAAAAUUCAACAAUCAGACUGACUUGAGUAAGCUACUGAAAGUGCCGCAGAGCUGGCAAUCUGGAAAGAACAAUCAAACUGCUUCAACUGACUCGAAGCUCACACGAUCAAAAAACUGUCCACAGGUAAAAAAUGUAAGCAGUGACAUGAAGUCUUCGGGUAACUCCAAAGUUGAUGAAAGUGGAGAUCCUGUUUCCAAGCCUGUUGCUGCUGCUUCUGAAUCUGACAGACACAAAGCAGAGUUGCUCUUAGAAAAAGAUCGGUACACUUGAAGGUAGCAACAGUCCCCCGUGUGAAAAGAAAAGUGUACGUGUAUCGUGACAUCUGUAAACACGUUCUCAAUAAUGAAC